AUGACGGAUCACUCGAAAUGGAAGUUCAAUCACACCAUGCUGCGGGUGAAGGACCCCCAGCGAUCCAUUGAGUACUAUAACCUCUUGGGUCUGAGCCUGAUCAACAAGUUGGAUUUCCCCGACAACAAGUUUAGUUUGUAUUUCCUGGCCUAUGAUGGCCCCUCCUCCUACUCGAAAGAUGCACACUGGACCGACCGUGAAGGUGUCAUUGAACUCACCCACAACUACGGCUCCGAGUCGGACCCCGAUUUCACCAUCAACAACGGCAACAAAGAACCCCACAAAGGCUUCGGCCACAUCUGUAUCUCCGUCGACAACCUUCAAGCCGCAUGCCAACGCAUUGAGGAUGCCGGGUACAAGUUUCAGAAGAAACUGACCGACGGGCGCAUGCGGCACAUUGCGUUCGCGCUGGAUCCCGAUGGAUACUGGGUGGAAGUCAUCGGGCAAAAGCCGAUCGAGCAGACUGAGGGUGUCACGACAACAGAGACAGGCACUUAUAGGAUGAAUCACAGCAUGAUUCGGGUCAAGGAUCCCGAGAAGUCCUUGAAAUUUUACCAGGAGGUCAUGGGCAUGUCGCUCAUGCGGACAUCGGAACAAAAGGCGGGUGGUUUCACUUUGUAUUUCCUAGGAUAUCCCGGCGAGUUUGGAAUUCCCAAUCCUGAGGACUCGCCCAACGGGGUCAACCCACUCGCGGGCAAAGAGGGUUUAUUGGAACUGACCUGGAACUAUGGAACUGAGAAGGAAGACGGCAAAGUAUACCACAACGGCAACGACCAGCCCCAGGGGUUCGGACACAUUGCCAUCAGUGUGGACGAUUUGGACAAGGCGUGUGCCUUUAUGGAGGAGAAGGGGGUGAACUGGAAGAAGCGUCUCACGGACGGCAGGAUGAAGAACGUGGCAUUUGUGUUGGAUCCAGAUGACUACUGGGUUGAGAUCAUCCAGAAUGAGAGACUCAAGAAGUCGACAGAUUGGUGA